AUGGAAAAAGCAUUACCUAUGUUUGUCUUAGGUAUCACUUGUAUUUUUAUCACUACUGUUGUCUUUGGUAUUUUGUGUGGAAAUAUGAUUCGAACACGACGUCAAAUUGAAAAAAGUCAACAUGAAAAUGAAGAAAAAAAAGAUGAAUAUCCAAUUUAUAUUAUUCAUUCACAAAGUCAAAAAUCACUCGAAUUUCCAAUUAGUACAAUCAAUAAUAAAAUUAAUAAUACCAAUCAAAGUGCUGCAAUUCAUUCAUCAACAACAAAUAUACAUGAACAUCAAUCAUUGUCACAUAUGGCAAUUGAUCUUGAUUCAACAUUCAAAAUUCAUCCUAAUCAUAUAUUUUCUAACAAACGUAUUGUUGAACUUUAA